GCCUGAUUCUCCCAGCUACCUUGCUCAAUGCUCAAGAGUGUCCACAGGCUUUUUCACAUUGGCUUCGCUUCUCAAUCAUUCCAUCACUCUCCCUUCCCAACCUACGUCCAUCGAUCCACAUCCGCUCCAAAAUGCAACCCCCACUGGACGCCCGUUCCCAAACCGCGCGCGACAACUUCCUCAAGCUAGGCGUCUCCGUCUCCCCGAUCCCUGCUGCAGAAGACAAAGAAGUAUGGCGAGUUGAUCAGAAUGCCGGAGAUCCGACGCAACUGGAGCAUAUGGAAUCCCUCCUUGAAGACUGCCAGCUAGCACUCAACACCGGGCUCCGCGACGAAAAGUUGAUUGACCGCAGACUACCCUCGAUCUUAUUUGGGGCAUUUGCUAAGAUGAAGAGAGCACAUCUCAACACCGAGGAGAGUGAUACAUCGACUGCCGACCAUCCCCCCCGUCUGUAUGGCCAGCAGAGGCUCCUCGCUAAUGUUGUGCACGAGGGCAAGACUGAGAAUGUGAGGACAACCGUGGACUACACCUUGGUGUAUGGACGGCGCAAUAGGAUGGCUGUCAACCUGGUCAUUCUCAAAGAGAACUCGCUUGACAUGCAGGAUAAGACUUGGGAAGCUCUCACGGCGAUGGGGACGAUUCAACGCCAGAAAAAAAAUCCCGGCGAUAACACGGGGAUCUAUGGACUCCAUACCAAUAGCUUUGAAUGGCACUUUCUGCAUCUUGGUGCUGGCAGCGAGUACUCAGCCUUGAAACUCUCAUGGGAUACGGACAAGUCACAGAUUAUAGGGCUCCUCGAGAAGAUUUGCAAGCAGGCUAUUGAUCUGGCUACAAAGAACUGAGGAACCAAGCCUGAUCAUCUGGAGGGAAAGAUGGAGGAAGCACUUUUGGCGAUGUUGAUACGACUGGCAGUUUCUUGUGGAGGAGUCGAAGCGGAGGAUGAAACCGUGAGAGCCAUUUCAAGAAUAGCUAUUCUGUUACCUAGUAUGAAGGAGAGAAGCAUCUUUUGAUUAUCGUCAUAGAUUCCGGG